AGAACGCAACCUCUAGCAGUGGAAGCGUUGCUGAGGGGGGGAGAGGCAACAGCGCCAACAUCCCACAAUGCAAUACAUUCCACAGGGGUAAAUUGCGCCUGCGUACUGCGCGCUUCCUUUUUGGACCUACGUCUCCAGAACUACAAUGGCCAAGCGCACCAAGAAGGUGGGGAUCGUGGGUAAAUACGGCACGCGUUACGGCGCGUCGCUCAGGAAGAUGGUGAAGAAGAUUGAGAUCAGCCAGCACGCCAAGUACACCUGCUCCUUCUGUGGCAAGGUACGGUCCACACCUCUAACAUAUACAGCCAGUAUACCUGCUCCUUCUGUGGCAAGGUACAGUCUACAGCCAGUACACCUGCUCCUUCUGUGGCAAGGUACAGUCUACAGCCAGUACACCUGCUCCUUCUGUGGCAAGACUAAGAUGAAGAGGAGGGCAGUUGGUAUCUGGCACUGUGGGUCCUGCAUGAAGACUGUUGCUGGAGGCGCCUGGACAUACAACACGACGUCUGCAGUCACGGUGAAGUCGGCCAUCAGGAGACUGAAGGAGCUGAAAGACCAGUAGACUGUUACCGGAGAAUCAGACUGUCACUGUUGUGUACAGUUUGACCUGGACGCUGUGUCGAACAUCUACCACAAUAAUAAAGCAGUCUGGAGCCGAACACCGGAGUCUACUUGUACUACUUGUGUUGCUGUUGGUACAGCCCUGUGUGUUGCCACCUGAGUGUUAUUUGGCGCUGAUGUUAACUCCUACAGUCCUACUUCUAGCCCCUUUUUAAAAAAUAUAUAUAUAUUGUUUGAGCUCCAGACUUCUGGUUUGUUCCAUUGGUUUUCUGAUUAAUUAACAAGCUCUUUUAAAAGCAAUGAAAAGCUCAUCCACAACGAAUGCAGUGGAAACAUCACAUAACAUGGUAAAACACUUAGUUGUGGAGCUAAAUAUAAGGGCUGGACAUGCAGAUACGAGUGAUUCAUUGAUGAGGUCUGAUGGGUUACAUUUGGAAAGUAUUCAGACAUUUUGUUACAUUAAAGACCUAUUUUAAGAUGG